GACAGUUCAUUACGGUUUUCAAGGAUAAGCGAUGCCAACGUGCUGGCCCCGCACUGGCGGAACAUCCAAUUCAAUUGUCGUCUUUUAUUGUCGCCUUUCGCUGCUCGUCUAACGGAAUGCGCGAUUCAAAAAAAAAGGAAAAAAUACAAUCAAAUAAAUAAUUGACUUAGAUUCUACCAAAAAGAAAUAAAAUUAAAUAAAUAAAAAAAUACAAAUUAAAUAACCAAAAUUAUUAAAGUUUCGUGCGUAAAAUCUACAAAUGUUUUGUUGACUUUUUUUAACAAUUUUUUUUCUACCAUAUAUAUAUAUAUAUAGUCCCUAGAUAUAUAUAUAUAUAUAUGUGAAAUGCAAACAAGUGCCAAAUGUGAUGUGAAGUAUAAAAAUCAAAAGAAUAAUAGAAUGCAACAACAGAAAUGUUUUAAUAACAAUUUUUAGCCACGAGUCGCAAGUGAGCGCGAGUUCCGUUCUUUUUGUUCAUAUCUGGAAUAUAAAUUAAGCAAACAAUUUAACCGGCUGGCCACGACGGGAGAUCGCAUUGAACCAUUCGCAGUGGCGGCUCGUCAGAGUUUUGGAUGGACAGCUAAUGCUGUGUGCGCCAGCGCCUGGAAACGUUGAGGGCAGCUACGUUUUGAGAAUACAAUGAAGGUUUCUGAUCUCAACAGGGCCGUUUGUCAAAGUCACGUCAUCCCGUGCAAAGGAUGAGGCGUUUACAAGUUAAUAAUGCAUCAUUAGCAUCAGCAUCAGCAUCGGCAGCGGCAGCGGCAGCGGCAUCAGCAAUCGCGGCCCACUCAGCCCAAUCGAACUAUAGCCCGGCCAUCAGCCUGAGCCACAGUCGGAAGCGGAGUCCGUGGAGUCUGAGAUGCUUUUGGCUGUUCGCCGUAUUCACAGUUAUUGAAUUUCAUGUACACUUCGUGCUGGGCACCACAGCAACAGCAGCAACAGCAACAACAACAACAACAGCAACAGCAGCAACAGCAGCAUCAGCAGCAACUGCAUCGAUAUCAACUGCUGCUCUUAGCAAGCCGAACGACAGCAGCUCGGAGAAUAAUUUCUAUUUUGAUGAGAGUAUUACGAGCAGAGCGCUAUCUCUCAUUGCCGCUGACACAGCAGCGCCGCAGCUCCUUGACGUCUCCUCGAUGCCCGGCGAGACACAGCCAGCGGCCACAGCAACAGCAACAACAACAGCAACAGCAACUCGUACAACAAGAGCUCGGACAACAGCUCACAGCCAAGCUGGACUCCUGGCCUUCAGCACAGCUCGACUGCCUGGCCUGAGUGGCAAUAGCAGCACGGCCCGGACUCAAGAUCCCUUGGCUGCUUCAGCGGCGACCACCAAGAGCGCACGCAGCGCCACCGUGAAGCAGCCCAUCGAUGUGGCACGCUCCCGAAACCACUGGACAGCCGGCGGCGGUGGCGUUGGGGGUGGAUUCACAGAUGCGGAACGUUCGCGCACUUUUCGCAGCAAGUAUCAUCAUGAGAACCACUAUGGACCCUUCUUCGAAGAGCCGUCGAAUCUAGUGGAUCCCGGCAAGACGCUCGUCGCUGCCGUGCAUCUGUUCACGGAAGCCGUGCUCAAUUGUCGCGUCGGCAUGCUGAAGGAUAAGACGGUGAUGUGGGUUAGGCGCACCACUGAGAAGGUCUCACUGCUCACCGUUGGCAAUGUCACAUAUAGCGGUGACCCACGUAUACGAGUCAAAUUUCAAUAUCCGAACAACUGGCGUCUGAUGAUCAAUCCAACCCAGAGGGAAGACGCUGGCAUAUACAUGUGCCAGGUUUCAACACAUCCGCCGCGCGUCUUUACCACAAAUCUCACCAUUUUGGAGCCACCGCUGAGGAUCAUUGACGAACACGAACGAGAUGUGGGCGACAGAUACUACAAGUCCGGCAGCACCGUCGAUCUCCAGUGCCAGAUCUCACGCAACUUCUAUCAAAAGGAACGUCUGGCCAUACUCAAGUCAACGGAGUUGGGCAACUCGGCUAGCAAGCAACUGAAUGAUACGGCUAGCGAAAUGAAUCUAAUCGGCGAUGCGAACCAUACUCACAAUACAUACUCCAGCCAGGAGCUGGAGAAAUAUUUUACUCAUUUCAUUACCUGGGCCAAGGACGACGAACCGCUCCAAGCACUGACCAAUAGGCGUUCUAGCGUGUCCGACAAAUGGCUCAAUAGUCGAAUUUCUAUAUCCGAUGCCAAGCUCUCAGAUAGUGGAAAUUAUUCCUGUUCCCUUGGUCGACUCUUCACUGUAAUUGUACAGGUCCAAGUACUCACGGGUGAAUUGCCUGCUGCAGUUCAGCACAAUUUGGCACGAAGAUCCGGCAGUUGUCUGUCCCUCUCAUGGAGUCUCUUCAUUAUUGUUAUUUGUUUUUACAUACUCAAGAGCCAUUCAUCACAAUUUCAUAGUAUUAAAGCGACGAAUGAAUGAAUGAAUGAAUGUCUGACGUAAAGGAAUUGUACUUAGCAUUCGAUCAUUCAUCUAUAUAAUAAUAUAUGGUAUUUCUGACUAAAUACCAGAACAUAGAAUAUUUCUGAGAAACAAAACAAAAUGAAUUCCAUAUAUGUACGUAUAUGCUUCACGCUGUGUAACUGCUAAAACUGAAAUAUUUGUCCAAAUACAAUGAUUGGUCUAUGUAUGUAUCUACAUCAAUUACAUCAAAAUACAUACAUUGAAUUUUCUAUAUCAAUUUACACGACUUUCAUUGAUAUUCUUCUUAAUAAAAUAAAGUCGACAACUUGUUUAAAAACUUAACAAAAAAUGAAAACCUAAAAAAAAAAUAAAAUAAAAUCUGAAACAAUUCCGAAUAUCAGUUCAAGUAAACCCACAGGAACUUAGCCAAGAUUACAAAAAAAAAAAAAUAAUAAUAAUAAUAAUAAUAAUAAUAAAAGUAUGUUUUAUUACAAAUAAAAAAAAAAUGAAAAUAAAAAAUGGAAUUUGUAUGCGACAAGGAAAAAGUGAAAAUUCAAAUAAAAUUUGUUAUUAUGUUUCGUUUGACGUGUGAGUCCAAGUUCAACUUUCACUUACAUAAAUGAGUUGAUUUAACAUUUUAAUUGUAUGUUUCGGCAAUUAGUAUGUUUGUAAAUAUUGUAAAAUGAGAGAAGUUAGGAUUUUACCUCCUCAACUCCAUACCGUGCAUAUAUAUUUUCUCAAUUCUCAUUCUGCUAGCUCAAAAUUGUAUAGUUAAACUAUUUAUUCGAAUUGAUUUAUAUAUAUAUGUAUACAUAAAUAUAUGUAUUAAUAUCUUAGUUAAUGGUAACCUACUUGGCUGGAUUAACGAAACUCUAUGAUCCACCAAUAUUGUUAAAUUGCGAUAAUCGUGCAUUGACAUGAUUAUCAUGCUAUAUUACAAACUAAAUCAAAAUACAUACUUUCAAAUAUAAAAUCCA